UGUCUUUCUCUUUCUCUUUCGCUCCGACUGUCCCCGUGGCCCUUUCGGGAGGCGAGCCUGCCCUGCUCUCCUCUGAAACCGCGGGGAAAGGAAGGAUGCCCAAAUCCACCCAGGACCGCCUGCUGGACGCCUUGGAGAACUUGGAGGAGGCGGAUCUGAAGCGCUUCAAGAGGAAACUCAACGAAUUCCCGGUCAAGAAAGGCUACGAGAACAUCCCCAAAGGGCGCCUGGAGAAGGCGGACGCCCUGGACCUGGCCGAGCUCCUGCUCAGCUUCUACGCCGAGGAGUACGCGGAGGAGGUGGCCAUCGGGGUGCUGGAGGAGAUCAACUGCAAGCGCCAGGCCGAGAAGCUCGCCUCUCUUGCUGGGACCAGUGGUCGCAGUCAUCCUGAGGCCCUUAUGCCAUCUGUCAGUUCCACCUCAGGAAGAAAUGGGGUUCAUUUUAUUGACCGCCACAGGGAAGAGCUCAUCCAGCGGACCCCAAUUGACCAAGUGCUGGAUUGCUUGUAUGGUACAGUCCUAACCCCAGAGCAAUACGAAAAAAUCCGCGCGAAGGAAACUAACCAAGAGAAAAUGAGGGAGCUCUACUACAAGAUCAUGCCAAGCUGGAACAACUACUGCAAGGAUCAGCUGUAUGUGGCACUGAAGGACAAAAACCCUUACCUUAUUGAGGACCUUGAAGGGAAAUAAGACCACAAAGAGUAAAACAGAGGUAUUAUACAGCUCAGUGACAGAUGAUGUUCACCUUCCUAUGCAAUGUAAUAUCAAGAGACAAAGUCAUAGAAAGUCUCCACAACAUGGACUUUACUAGGAAAAGAUCAGGCAGACUUGUCACAAAAAGUUGCAUUUAGCAACCUGCAACGACUGCUUUCAUGCAGGUUUUUUUAACAGGGCGAAGGGUGGGGUGGGAGAAAAUCCCAUUUUAAAUGUACAUUCUAACAUUCCACUUGUUCUUAUGAGUCAGGGACUAAAUUGUUAUAAGGCAGGGACUAAACUAAAAGUCACACAUGGUCCAAUAAAUUUCUCAUUCCACA